CCGAGUGCACUGCGCGGCCCGGGGAGCGCCGCGGCCCCUUUAAGAGCCGGGCCCAGGCCGGCCCUGGGACUGGGGGAGCCCAGAGCAAGGCGCGCCGCGGAGGAGUUGGGAUCCGGCGCAAAAGUUUCCUCCCAACUCCGGCCCCGCGCGCCGCCGCCGCCGCCCACUCCAGCCCGGGGCCUGGGGUCGGCCCCGCCGCCGCCGCCGCCAGGGCCAGGGCCAGGGCCAGGGCCAGGGCCGGGCCGGGCCGGGCCGGGCCGGCAGUUUCGCUUUGGCAGGCGGGGAGCAGCCGCCUGGGCCGGGCCCGCGCCGGAGCAGGAGCAGGAGGAGCAGCCGGGCCCCUGGACCGCGGCGUCCCCGGCCCCCCGGCACCUGGGAGGUAGCCCUCCCCGCUGCCGCCUACUCUCCGAUUCCCGCCCGCCGGCGGCCGCCUGCCCGGGGCGAAGGGGCUCUGCUGCUAGACCCCGGCCCUGAGGGGCGCCGGGGAGAGGCGCCCCGGGGUCUCUGUGCCCGCCCGCGCCCGGCGGCCCCCGAGAGUGGGGCCGCGCCCGCCGGCCCAGACACCUGUUCGGCCCGGCCCGGCGUGGUCGCCGGGGGCCAGGAUGAAAGUGACCGUGUGCUUCGGCAGGACCGGCAUCGUGGUGCCCUGCAAGGAGGGCCAGCUGCGCGUCCGGGAGCUCACGCAGCAGGCGCUGCAGCGGUACCUGAAGACCCGGGAGAAGGAUCCUGGGUACUGGGUGAAGAUUCAUCACUUAGAAUACACAGAUGGAGGAAUCCUGGAUCCAGAUGAUGUCUUGGCAGAUGUCGUUGAAGACAAAGAUAAGCUGAUUGCUGUGUUUGACGAACAAGAACCACUCCACAAGAUUGAGAGCCCCAGUGGAAACCCGGCAGGCCGGCAGAGCCCAGAUGCUUUUGAGACGGAAGUAGCUGCCCAGCUGGCUGCGUUUAAACCAGUUGGUGGGGAAAUUGAAGUAACCCCUUCUGCUCUGAAAUUAGGCACUCCGCUGCUGGUGAGGAGAAGCAGUGACCCAGCGCCAAGCCCACCUGCUGAUGCCCAGCCAAGCGCUUCACACCCCAGUGGCCAGAGUCUGAAACCUGUUAUUCCAAAUUCCACACAGGACUUAGAAGAUGGAGAAGUUAUGAAUGGUAUGCAGACAGAACUCCUGACAUCGCCGAAAACUAUGGAUGCAUUGAGUAAUAUGACAAGAACAGUGGAGAUUUCUGGGGAAGGAGGCCCCUUGGGAAUACAUGUAGUACCUUUCUUUUCAUCUCUGAGUGGAAGGAUUCUAGGGCUCUUCAUCCGUGGCAUUGAAGAAAACAGCAGGUCCAAGCGGGAAGGACUGUUUCACGAAAAUGAAUGUAUUGUAAAAAUCAACAGCGUGGACCUCGUAGACAAAACCUUUGCUCAGGCGCAGGACGUCUUCCGUCAGGCAAUGAAAUCUCCAAGUGUGCUGCUCCGUGUGCUUCCACCUCAAAACCGGGAACAGUAUGAAAAAUCAGUCAUUGGACCUCUUAACAUUUUUGGUAACAAUGAUGGCGUUUUGAGAACAAAGGUGCCACCUCCUGUCCAUGGAAAAUCGGGAAUAAAGACAGUAAAUCUCACAGGAACAAGCAGUCCUGAAGAAGAUGCAUCAGCUUCCCUGCAGCAAAGCAAGAGCCCCCGAGUACCAAGACUAGGUAGAAAGCCAUCCUCUCCCUCCCUCUCUCCGCUCAUGGGGUUUGGCAGCAAGAAAAAUGCAAAGAAAAUUAAGAUUGACCUAAAGAAAGGACCUGAAGGACUUGGUUUCACUGUGGUUACCAGAGAUUCUUCCAUACAUGGUCCUGGUCCCAUUUUUGUAAAAAACAUUUUACCAAAGGGAGCAGCAAUAAAAGAUGGCCGCCUACAAUCAGGGGACAGAAUUUUGGAGGUAAAUGGCAGAGAUGUCACUGGACGAACUCAGGAAGAGCUCGUGGCCAUGCUGAGGAGCACCAAGCAGGGAGAGACUGCAUCGCUGGUCAUCGCCCGCCAGGAAGGAACUUUUCUGCCCCGAGAGCUGAAAGGAGAACGUGACUGCUAUGCACUCUCCCUGGAAACAACUGAGCAACUCACCUUCGAGAUCCCCCUGAAUGAUUCUGGUUCUGCUGGUCUUGGGGUGAGCUUGAAGGGGAACAAAUCUCGAGAAACUGGAACAGACUUGGGGAUUUUUAUCAAAUCCAUCAUCCACGGAGGCGCUGCUUUUAAGGAUGGUCGUCUGCAGGUGAAUGACCAGCUGAUUGCAGUUAAUGGGGAAUCUCUUCUGGGAAAGUCCAACCACGAAGCUAUGGAAACACUUAGGCGAUCAAUGUCCAUGGAAGGAAACAUACGAGGGAUGAUCCAGCUGGUGAUUCUGAGGAGGACAGGGAGACCACUGGAGGAGCCUGCAGAGUGUGGGGCAUUUUCUAAGCCGUGCUUUGAGAACUGUCAAAAUGCUGUAACCACCUCCAGGAGAAAUGAUAAUAGUACAUUGCAUCCAUUUGGCACCUACAGCCCGCAAAGCAAACAGAAAGAGCUGUUGCUUCCCAAUGAUGGAUGGGCUGAGAGUGGAGGACCUUCUCCUCCUCCACCACAUCCAGUUCUGGAAUUGGGCCUUGAAGAUUACAGCCACAGCUCUGGGGUGGAUUCAGCAGUAUUUUUUCCGGAUCAGCGCCUCAACUUUAGAUCUGUGACACCAGACAGGCAGCCUGAAUCAAUGAAUCUGAAAGCCUCAAAGAGCAUGGACCUUGUGCCAGAUGAAAGCAAAGUCCAUUCAUUGGCUGGACACAAAUCGGACUCUCCAAGCAAAGAUUUCGGUCCAACUCUGGGUUUGAAAAAGUCCAGCUCCUUGGAGAGCCUGCAGACUGCAGUUGCCGAGGUCAGGAAGAACGAACUUCCCUUCCACCGUCCCCGGCCGCACGUGGUCCGUGGCCGAGGCUGCAACGAGAGCUUCCGAGCAGCCAUUGACAAAUCUUACGAUGGACCCGAAGAAUUAGAAGCUGAUGGUCUGUCUGAUAAGAGCUCUCACUCUGGCCAAGGAGCUCUGAAUUAUGAAUCUGCCCCUCAGGGGAACUCUGAGCUAGAGAAUGCAGAAAAUAAAGCCAGGAAAGUCAAAAAGCCGAAAGAAAAGGAGAAGAAGAAGGAAAAGGGCAAAUUGAAAGUCAAGGAGAAAAAGCAGAAAGAGGGAAAUGAAGAUCCAGAAAGGAAAAUAAAGAGGAAGGGAUUUGGUGCCAUGUUGAGAUUUGGAAAGAAGAAAGAUGAUAAGGGUGGAAAGGCUGAGCAGAAAGAUCCUCUGAAGCAUGGUGGCCUGAGAGAAGAGGAGCUGGAAAAAAUGAAAGAAGAACGUGAGAGGAUUGGGGCAAAACAUCAGGAGCUAAGGGAAAAGCAAGCAAGAGGUCUUAUUGAUUAUGCUGCUGGUGCAAUUGGAUCACUGCAUGAUAUGGACGAUGAUGAAAUGGACCCCAACUAUGCCAGAGUAAACCACUUCCGGGAACCAUGUGCAUCAGCAAAUGUCUAUAGGUCUCCAUCUCCCCCUCGGACUGGACCACUGGGGUACCCUCGGGAUGGCCGUCCACUGUCUCCAGAGAGAGACCACUUAGAGGGUCUCUAUGCCAAGGUCAUCAAGCCAUACCAUCCACCAGUGCCAGUUGACAGUGGCCGUCCCAUGAGCGGAAGCACUGACCGCAUCCAGAAGUUGCGAAAGGAGUAUUAUCAGGCUCGGAGGGAAGCUUUCGCUUUAUAUGAGGACAAUGAAGGAAGAGCAAGACCUGACUAUGACCUUCACUGGGUGUCUGGAAAGGGUCCAGAUGGGAAUGCACACAACCUCCGCUUUGAGGGAAUGGAAAGACAGUACGCCUCCUUACCCAGGGGAGGACCAGCGGAUCCUGUAGACUAUCUGACAGCAGCACCUCGAGGGCUCUACAAGGAAAGGGAGCUUCCGUAUUACCCAGGGGUUCAUCCUGUGCAUCCGCCCAAAGGGAGCUACCCCCGCCCCCCAGAUCUGAGGAUCACAGAUCUCCGGUAUCCCCAGUACUAUCCGCCCCCGCCAGCCCCCCAGCACAAAGGACCCUUCCGACAAGAUGUCCCACCUUCCCCUCCUCAGCACCACAGAGUACCAGCCUACCCAGAAAUGGGCAGACCAGUGCCCCGAGGGGGCAGCCCAGAUCGGUACCCCUAUCGAAUGCAGGAUCCCCGGCAGAAGAACCCCAUGACCGCAGCCGUGUAGCUGAACGCCACCAAGCUCAGCCCAGCCCAGAAAGGAAGACAUCCAACAUGACCUUUGUUCUUCCUACACCUUAAGGCCUUCUUCCUGUUAAGAAUUCUCCAUGGUACAGAUUAGGUUUUUCUUACUGAGGCUGCAACACAUGACUGCUAAUCAGAGAGAAAGAAGGGGACAGGAGUUUGGGCAGGGAAAUCGGAAGGAAGAGGAAGGAUGGGGCCAUGAAAAAAAUACUGCCUGAAAUACUUUUAGACUUGUUCAGGUCACUGAGAGUGGCAAUUGAACAGGCAAAUAACGACGGAGAUCUACAACACGGUGCCUCCCUGGAGCACAGACAUGCCCCACAGCACUGGCAUCACGGAGCGCAGACUCUGCCCGGGAUCAUCAUCCAUUCAGAGACUAACCUUCAGCCACCUGAUUAGCGUUGUUAAGUCUGUGAAGAGUGGUUGCCAAUAUGGGUGUCCUAAGUGAGUGGUUUUUACAUUGAAAAAAACAACAGCGGCAAACAUGACGAGUGAUCUCCUUGAAAUGUUUUAUACCUAGAGGAAGGCUGCAUUUCUUUAUUUGUAGAAUAUCUCAGGUUCUCAGUUCCACUCACUUGGUAUAAGCAUGUCACGUUUCCUUGCUUUUAGUAUAAAAGUAAGAUGUGAAUGCAGUAUCGGUGUCCUGGGAGAAUGUACAAAGCUAGUCAGAGCUUCCAGAAGAAAUAGAUGCCUAGCAUCAAGGCAAUCAGGUUAAGAGGCUGACAUUCCUGUGGUCCUCACCUUCUUUCCUCCCACGUUCCAGGCACAACAGCAUGGAGAUAUCUGGUUUCCAAGGCAUCCCAAAAUCUCCUGCCUAUAAUUACUGUAAGUGGGGACCUCUAUUUUAAGGCUCCCACUUGAGAGUUAAGAUGUACUCGGGAAAAAGAGGGCCCACUGGUUAGUUUGCACAGGAAGCAGUGCUCUGGAGAUGGCAAUUCCAGACUCAGUGCCAAACAGCGCCAUAUGCACCCGGCGUCAGGGAGGGGCUGACCGUGCUCGUUGGGAACGAUAACCGGCAGGCCGUAGAUGGUGGUGACUGACUCUGUGUGUGUGCGUGUGCGUGUGUGUGUGUGUGUGUGUGUGUGUGUGUGUGUGUAUAUAUGAAAGUGUGUGAUUACCAGUAUGGAGAAUGGAAAAUAAAAAUGCUUUCUGGAAAGUUUGAUGAGGAAGGGAAUAAAAAGGAAAAAAGCCAGAAAACAGAAGGGAAGGGAGAAGGAGCAUAAAACUAAAUCAUUCUCUAUCUGCUAUAUUAUUUCAUUAACAGAAGUCAGGGCAAGACCAAGGCCAAGGUCUCCAGUUGGGAAAAGAAGGUCUUAUGGCUUCGAAAAGCUGAAAGCCCACCCUCCAAAAUCCAUCACAAUUCUUUUAGAGCUUUGCAGCUAUAUUCUACUUAUUUCAACAUAGAACCUCUAAAACCUACAACCUAACCCAAAUGAGAACAUAAGAGAAAACUGAGAAACAGCAAAGCAUGGGAGCAGCAACUCGAAUUGUUCAGUGACUCUUGCAGUACUUUAAACCUUUUUACAUUCCUUCUUCAUUCCCUCCCAAAAAAAAGUCUUGAGUUCAAUUUAGACAUAUUUUGGCCAAGAUUAGUAUACCUCUGACUGCUAGGAUUUAAUAAAUUAUAGUAUUAUUGAAUAUAUAGAGUAUCUAUCCAGCCCAGUUUAGUCUUAUUUUAAUUUAAAAUAGCGUUCUGUUACCAAGAAUGAUGCAACUGCUGGGUUUAGACUUAACUAGUGUUAUUUACUGAACUUUAAGAGGUAUCAUUUUCUAAACUACAAUUAUUUACUUAUGGCCCUCUUGAAAACAGACUGUCAAGUUGUUUUUUGCCCUCUAUCAUCUCUCUUACGCCAGGCACCUUUAGACUGUUUGCAGUUUGUGCAGAGGUUGAGGGUUGGGCCCUGCUCACCUAGAGCUGGAGUGCAGGUGAGCUGCAGGGUUUCCCAGCCAACAUGCUGCAAGCUGCCUUCCCCUCAAGCUAAAUAAACCUUCAAGAAGACAACGAUAACGUGAGGGAAGUGUGAUGUAUUUUGAAGCAUUAAAAAUCAGCUCUUUAGGGUGUUCCAUAAUUUAACCAAAUUUCUGUAGACUACUGGACAUAGCCAAGCCAGAAGCUUCCUUCUGGAUUAAGGCCAAGGUCCCACAAGGGGCAGUGGUAUAAGGUGAGACGCUCUGUGUGUGUUGGAGGAGUGGCCCUCGUAGGAAGAAUGCCUAUAUUUUCACCACGUUGCCACCUUGUGAGCGUAUCUCCUGCACUCAGGCUCGGGGAAAGCUGCUCCAAGCAUGGGUUUGUGCUGUACACACAGGUAAUAAAACAGUUGCUAAUCCUGAGGUGCAGCCAAGGAUGUGAAGGUACUAUGAAAACAGAUGAAAAAAAGAUUAUAGCGGUUUUCUUUUCUUGCUUGGAAGUAUAACACACGCCCCAUUAGACCCUACCCAAAAGAAGCUAGCAUUACAUGUGCGACAGUCUUCAUCAAGCCAAGUAACAAUUAAGAACAGCUUGAAUGUAAGCUUUAUAAAUGCCUGUGAACCAGCCCUCCAACUGUCACCACCCAGAGGUUAUGGAACUCUUUCCCAGUAUUUAAGAGAACAGGUUGUUUACAGCAUUUAGAAGACCAGGCUAUAAUCAAUAGGUGCUCAGUAGCAGGAAAUAGUUCCUGAUUUAUUUACGGCCUUGGAAAAACUCAAUCAGGUGUCUCCUUGUAGCUCGGAAUGCUAAUAGACCCCCAGGAAAAGGUGGCACGGCGAGCUUGGCGAGCUGCAAACCCAUCAACGUACACCCACCCGGCUCCUCACCUGACCACUGGGUCAUCCAGGCCUUGAAAUGGUGUAUUGGCCUCAAGUAACUAGUUAUUUUAAGGAGCUCUGUUUUUGUCCCUAUUUGCAGGAAUAGAGAAAUAAAAGGGAGCAGACCACCGAAAAAUUUUAGAUGCAGGCAAAUUCAGUCCUCUACAAGGGAGCGAAACACAACAUCUCACUAACCCAUUGUGUCAUUGGUCUGUGGCAGUAUCACUCUUGGUAUACUAUUGCUUCCCUAUGGUAUCACAUCACUGGAUGAAAGGCAAGCUCAAAGUCAGGAGUAUUUUCUUAAAUCAUGAUUGACAACAAAAAUUGGGGAAAAAAAUUACCGUGAAGCUCCUUAUUCUUAGAUUUUUAGAUCUAUAUGCAUUGACCUCAUAGUACAGCACAGAGCAAAGAUCUUAUAAACAAGAGCACAGGUAGAGCCACAGACUCACCAUCACCCUGAGGAGGAAACUCUGUGCAUACCGACUGAGAGAGUAGAUUUGAGACUCCACUGUAGCUUUAUUUUUGCCACCAGUAACAAAAUUAAAACAUGAUUCAUUAUUCCUUCCAAAGAUUUCAGAACUUCUUGAAUGAAAUCUAUCUUCUGAAGGAAAUCCACCUGACAACUUUUGGAGUUGCCAUGCAUAGGGCUGGUAUACACAGUGAUCAAGCCUUUAAAGAGUGUUCAUUCCCUAACCUGUAACCACAGCGUUCAUUUUCUUUGGAGGAACAUCUUAGAAUUUGAGAGGGAUAUAGAGAUCUGGAGAGUUUGGUGUGGACGGCAAUAUGUGUCUCUAAAACUUUCAUUGGCAUUAAUCUCUGAAAUCCACAAUGAAUGGCCUUCAAAUUGGUGCUAAAUUGGGUAGACACCCUACUGCUUUGAGUCCAUGAGCAACAGAAAGUCCAGAUUUAGCGCAAUUAGGCAGGAGGGAGUUGGAGUCAGAAACAGCCUGCGGUGGUAUUUCUCUGCAUGCCCAGUUCACGCCGACUUAAGUGGAAAUGAUGCCACAAUGAGACCAGAAAGAGGAGUCUCCAUAAGAUAUCCCUACAAAGUCACCUUUCUGAUAAAAAGGAAAAUGAAAGUUAGAUAUCUAAAAUAAGCCUAGAAUCUCAUAUGCAGCUACAAUUUCUAAGGGAAACUCUCCCUCAUGUCCUUAAAUCAUAAUAGAGUCUCACACAGCCUGGCUUUUAAAGGUGGGCUUCACGAUAAGCCCAGAGUAGAGAGUGAACUAACCCCCAAGACUGUCUCCUGACUCAGCUCUUUCAGACAGUGUUAUGUUCCAUCCAUGCUGACUGCAGUGCUGUUUACUACUGGAACAUAAAAACAAAACCUGCUGUUUAUACAGUCACUUUUUCUAGUGUUUUCCUGUGCGUAUAUGAUACCAAGUCUGUCCAUAAGUUCUGGAGAUGAUAAAUUAUGUGAAAUCAUAUUUUGGCAUAGGGGGUGGAGAAUGAAUUCUUUACAGACUUUUUAGGAUGAUCCCAUUUUUACCACAGAAAGAUUUUGGAUAUUGUUAUAUAUGAAUAUAUAAAUUUUUCUUGUUUAUUUUGCAUCAAAAUAAAGCUUUA